CUGUAAAACAGCUUUGAAAUUAAGAAUGUGAUGAUGUAUUAUAUUACGUAUCGAAUGAUCGAAGUAUCGAAUGUGAUGUAGACUUCAUAAAAUAACUCAAAAGCGACAAAUAUAAUGUCAUAAUGUCAUAAUAUAUUAUAAAGAAUAUAUUAUGAACUAAAGAUUUGGGCACUUCAAUAUGGACAUCUACCAUCUUGGUUUAAUUGUAUGGAGUGUAUUUGAAAGUGUUCUCUGUACAGCUACUAUAUUCGGUUGGGCUCAAUUACUGGAAAUACUUGUAGGUGAACACUAUUUCUCGUCCUAUUGCGGAGAUGAGGCUAAUUCAAACCGGACUAUAUCACAGAUAAACACAAGUAACUCCUCGCACAAUAAAGCAGGUGGCAAUGAUAUAAACACAUGUUCGGAGCAAGACAGUAUUCUUCGCUUGAUCUAUACAAUCUCCGUUUUCGCUUCUUUUGCUUCAAUAUUUCUCAGUGGAAAAUAUCUGGAUAUGUUUGGCUUCAGAAAGACAAGGUUAUUGGCAAGGUGGGCUGUUUUAUGUGAAUUAGAUUUUUAGUUUAAUAAUGUAAACACAAGGCCGUACUCAUGGGAGUGGGGGGUAAUUUGUAAACUUGCGAUGAUCUGUAGGGAAAUAAUGACCUAAUAAUCAGUCACCCCUGACUAAUCAGCCCCCCCAAUACAAAAUUGCUCCCUCCGGUAGUGCCCAAUUCCAGCUAAGGAAUUUGCUAAGGCGGAAAAUUUUAAAGUUUAUUAGCUCAGUACGGGUGUCCACAAAAUCUAAACCGACUGUUUGAUUUCAUGUAACGUAUGCUAUAGAAUCUAUCGCAAUGAAAUAAAAUUAAAGAUCAGUCCAUUCAAACAGGACUAUAAGCUUAGAUUUUAAUAUACAGUAUGACACUUGAACUAAUUACAUGCAUGCAAGAAAAACUACAAACUACAAACAGAAAAACUACUUUUGGUAUUUUCAAAAACAGUAAUUCAACGUUCAAACACCAAUAGCGCAGUUAAUAUGGCAUGUAAAAUCAAGUGUUAUAGGCCUAUAUCAAAAUCUAAAUUCGUCGUUUCUGAAUGCAAUGAUUUUCAUAUCAUUGCGACAGCAUUUAUAGGUUUUAUUCAAACAGUUUUCAGAUUUUUUUGGGACACCCGGUUCAGAACUUAACUCAAGCAUGCGUUAGACGUCCCAAAAUAGACUUUUAGUAAAAUACACCUAAGAUUUUGUACUUACAUAUGAACAUAUGGCUAUUUAUAUUAUGUAAAAUCAAUAAAGUUUAAAAGGUCCGAAUAUCCAUGGACUGGAAUUUUAAUAAAUAUGUUGAAAUCAUGGGUCAAUUCAGACGUAUAUUUAUUCAUUAAAACCCUGGAACAAAUAUUUUUUUUAGUAGGGACCCACUCAAAUGGCAAAUAACUUUUUUAUAUAAAAACAUUGAUGCUUUAAUGAAAUUCGUAUAAAUUCCAAUAUUGCGAAAUAGAUUUAAAGUUCACAUUACAUGAAAAUUUCUCCCCAUUUUUUUAUGCAUCAUUUAAAAGUACUAACUUGAAAAUGAUAAAGAAUGACCUUAACAAUUUAUUCACAGCUCAAGUAACCGGGCAUUUUGUUUUUUUGUGUUAUGACGUGGCUGGUUGUGCUCAAGGAUGCCAGCAAUUCAAAAAGAAUCAAAUCUAAUAUCUCAGAAGUGAUUCGACGUAUAAUAAAAUUAAAUUUGGUACAGUUAUAUUAGUGCAAAUGUACUUGGAAGAGGCAGUACCCCCAAAAUGGCUGAUUCGAUAAUUCGAUAGAACCAAUGGAUGAUUUCAUGAUGUACGUUUUUAUUUUCACGUUUAGUUUCAUGUAUUUUCUGGCCGGCGGAGCGAUGUUUAUGUCAACUUAUGGUAUGUUACCAAAUUUAAUAUAA